AUGGGAAAUUUUUGCUGUUGCAAGAAAUCGAGCAGAAAUAACUAUAAUGUGGCAGAUUAUCAUGCAGAACGACCAGCUAGUGAAGAAAUGGAGCUCCAAACACCUGAACAAACGCAUCAUCAUCAUGUUACAUUUGCAACAAUUGAACCUCCAAGAAUUGCCCCAGAAUCAGUUAUUGUGAGCAGUGCCUUAGUUCCUACAGAGCCAGUUUUAGUGCGCGAACUGAAUCAAAUGGCUGCACCUCUUGCAGCAAAACGUGCCAUAUCUGUUGAAGCAAAAUCAUCAGGGUUUAUUGUGGAUGUGCCUCAGUUAGAUGGUUUAGGGCCUGAUGGUACUUUUUUGGUGGCUUUCAAUCAACCGGAAAUAAGAACGUGA